GCAGCGUGCUUUCGGAUCCGUCGUCGUCGUCGUCGUCGUCGUUCCGUCGUCUCGGACGAUCGGGGAUGUUUGAGGAGGGAAUACGUGAUCGUUCGACGCAAUUAUUUGUGAACAGGAGAUGGGAGGAAGAGAGAGAGAGAGGCGACGAAGAGCGGUAGGGGGAAUUUGCCAUGACAGCAAUGUGAGCGACCUUCCACGAGAGUAUAGACGCUAUCACGAGUCAGUUAGUGUACAUCAAUUUGCUGCUUGGCCAUGUUUUUGGUGCCUCUCACCUCCCUCGCUUGACCUAUUUUGGUAGUGUUUGGGAUUGGCAAGGAGAGAUGGUGAUGCGUCGUGUCAAGGAAUGAUGCGGAGUUGUUGUGUAUGGAGUGGUGUGGGCAUGGAGACCCUGCAGCAGCUGUCUGGCGAUGUCUGUGCGCGCUUUUGGAUUUGGCGCAGGGAGGAAUGCCACUUCGGAAUGUUUGGUUAGAGUAGCGCGUUUGAUACAGCCAGUCGGAGUGGCGUCAGCAGCAUUGUAGUGCUCGUGACUUUGGUGGAGCCGUAAGAGGUGGAUCUGAGAAAGAUUUGACUGCGCUUUUAAGUUUACUGAUAAGAGCGCUUGGCAAAAUGGACGCCCUCGAACGUGUUCCCGUGGAGGGAGUCACAAUGGAAGAUAUUAAAGCUUGCCAGGUGGCGUUCUUUCUUGGAUUGAUGCCCUUGAUAAUUUCAUGGAUCUAUGCUGAAAUACUGGACUAUAAGAAACAUCCACCUCUGAUCAAAGUACAUGAUGACAUAAAACUGGAGGUGUUGAAAGAUGGAUCCUCCAAAGAUGAGGAGAAAGCCGCUCUACUUGAAGCUGGUCUUCCUAUAAGUGGAACUGGUAGAGCUGAAGCCGCUUCAGUACGAGCAUCUUUAAUUAAGUUUUUGACUUUGAAUGAAACCUUUCUGGUGGAGAACCGCCUCACUUUGAGAGCUAUUGCUGAAUUUUUGGGCCUUCUCUGCUUCCUUUACCUUUGCGAUCGAACCAACACCUUCUCUGCAUCUAGAAAGCAUUAUAGCAGGGACUUGUUUCUAUUUUUGUAUCUCUUGUUGGUUCUAGCGUCAGCUCUUACUUCCUUGAAGAAGCAUGCUGAUAAAUCAGCUGCAGCUGGAAAAUCUAUUUUCUACUUAAAUCGUCAUCAAACAGAAGAAUGGAAGGGCUGGAUGCAGGUCCUUUUCCUUAUGUAUCACUACUUCGAAGCAAAGGAGUUUUACAAUGCUAUUCGGGUGUUCAUUGCUGCCUACGUUUGGAUGACGGGUUUUGGCAACUUUUCGUACUAUUACGUUCGAAAAGAUUUUAGCUUGGGUCGUUUUGCACAGAUGAUGUGGCGACUCAAUUUCCUGGUCUUUUUUUGCUGCAUAGUGCUGAACAAUGAUUACAUGCUUUACUACAUCUGUCCAAUGCAUACUCUCUUCACACUCAUGGUGUAUGGGUGCCUUGGCAUCUAUUCCAAGUAUAAUGAAGUGCCAGCUGUGAUGACUAUAAAAAUGAUCCUCUCAUUUCUGGUGGUGGUAAUCGUCUGGGAGAUUCCGGGCGUGUUUGAUCUCCUCUGGAGUCCUCUUACUUUUCUUCUUGCAUAUCAAGAUCCUUUGGCAAAGAGCCCUGCGCCUUUGCUUCACGAAUGGCAUUUCAGAUCUGGGCUCGACCGAUAUAUCUGGAUUAUUGGCAUGCUCUAUGCCUAUUUUCAUCCUACGGUGGAAACGUGGCUUGAGAAGCUUGAAGAGAUGGAAUAUAAAAUCAAGUCUGUCGUGAAAUUUGCAGUUGUCUCUGCUGCAGUGCUGAUGGGUUAUUUGUGGUAUGUUCACAUUUAUACCCUCGAUAAGAUUUCGUACAAUAAGCUUCACCCUUACACAUCAUGGAUUCCUAUUACGGUAUACAUUAUCCUCCGCAAUCUUUCACAGUCUCUCCGCAACUACUCUCUUACUCUUUUUGCGUGGUUAGGAAAAAUUACGCUGGAGACAUAUAUCUCUCAAUUUCACAUAUGGCUCAGGACUGGCGUGUCUAACGGACAACCUAAACUGCUGCUGUCCCUUAUUCCGGACUAUCCACUUCUUAACUUCAUGGCAACAUCUGCUAUCUAUGUGUUGGUAUCUUACCGAUUUUUUGAGUUGACGAAUCAGUUGAAAAAUGCAUUUGUUCCUCACAAAGACAAUGCACGACUGUACCAGAUGGCUACAGCUGGGGCAAUUGUAUGUAUUAGCCUGUAUGUAGUGGCUCAGCUGGCCAUGAAACUCCCAACCCUCUUGGGUCUCUGAGAAGAGGUGCACUUAGUUACGCGCCCUCUUGAAAUUCUUCAUGAGCACCUUGUUCAUUCAUACAUUUUAGCAUUAACUUAUGUAGUUGAAGCACGGCAAAGUGCUCUUGUGAUUUCUUCGAGUGACUAGCACCAGAUUUGUAUGGUCUAUCAAUUUUUCACCAGCAAUUUCCAUGGUGACAUUCUAAUUUAGUAUCUUUUGAAAGUAAUCCUUUCUUUUCUUAGCAUGUCCAAAGAGAGCUUCCAACAUCAGUAAUAUGUUAUCAAUUUUGCUCCAGAGCCGAAAUUAUACAUGCUCAAUGAGGAUUUGAACUCCUAAAAUAUCGUGAUCAUGUUACAGCGUAGUGAUACAUAAUAGAAACUCUUAUAUGUUCAUCUGUCUACCAUCAGUGUAUCCAAGCUUUAUUACCAAAUAAAGUAAACAACGAGCUGUAAUAGACUUACGAAGAUGUUACA